AUGUUAGCUGACGAGACAAUCACGUGCCUGACUUUCUGUGGCUUGUCUGCUAAAAAGGUUCUAGUUCCCGGAAGCUUGAAGCUCGCUGAUUUAAGGAUAGUCUUGAAAGCUCACCCGGAUUUCAAUGACAUCAGAGACGACGCCAUUCUGCAGGCGACGGAAAUGGACGCGAAACCGCCAGCACAACGAAAGGCGAUACUUCUACAGUGUUUGGGGGUGGAAGGUCGAAGAGUGUUUCGCACGUUGGUUCCAGAGCCUUCGGCUGCACCACCGAUAACUGCUGCUGCAACUGGAAGUACGCCGGAGAAGACCACAUCAAAAGGGGGUGAGCCGGACGACUACACCGAUGCACUUCGGUUGUUGGAACGACAUUUCACGAACACUCUGAAUGUGCUUGUCGAACGACGGCGAUUCAUGUUGCGGCGACAGCUUCAGGAAGAACCGAUACGCGCGUACGUCAGUGCCCUGCGACAGCUCGCGAGUACUUGCGACUUCGGGGACUUUCUUGAGGCAGCGCUGCGGGAUAAAGUCGUCGACGGAGUACGGAGCGUGGAGCUAAGACAGAAGCUGCUCAUGAAAGGUUCACAGCUUACGUUGGGCCAGGCCAUGGACAUCCUACAGACGUUCGAGCAGGCAGCGGAAGGUGCCCGUGUCUACGAGGAGGGGCGUGACGCUGCCAUGGUUCAGCAAGUCGAGAGGGCAAGAAAUCGUUCAGGAACAGGAGUCAGCGGUUCUUCAACAGUUCCGGACCGCAGGUGUUACAGAUGCGGUGCUUCAGGACACCUAGCCAGUGCACGGGAAUGCAGAGCGCGAGAUAGGCGGUGUUCGAGGUGUCACAAGGUGGGACAUUUUCAAGCGGUAUGUAGAAGUACCGGGCAAGCGCGGGUGCAAGCGGUUCAGGACACGGACGGAAACGAAGAGUUGGGUGUCCUAACAGUCACACAGAACGAGCGAACCACUCUGAUAGUCGACGUUUGCGUCGAGGGCGAAGUGAUUCAGCUUGUCGUGGACACAGGCUCGUCAGUGUCUAUCUUGCCAGCAAACAUCUAUCAAGAAAAAUUUGCAAGACGGUUCGCCUUGGCUCCAGCAACGGUGACUCUGCGGGACUUUUCACAGCAAAGAAUUCCAGUCUUGGGAUGUUUUGUGGCUCAAGCGGCACGUGGAGGCGUGUCGUCAAACAUUCGCUUCUAUGUGGUGUCAAGGGGCAUGGCGUUGCUGGGACUGGAUGCGGUGCAACAACUACGACUGCAUAUCGACGGCGCAUCGCUGGCGUGCCUACAGACAACGGCGGGGCCACAACCUCUGCCUCCUGAACUUAAAGUGGUGGAGCCACUGCGGCGCCUUCUUCGCAAGGACAAUGGGAAGAAAUGGAACGCUGCCAAAUUGACAGUAGUGGCCAAAGGAGGAGCACCAGGUGCCCGGAACUUGGUAGAAAAAGUUAGGGAACGACGUGGAGCGAUUAAGGACAAAGACUUCGACGAGCAUGUGGACAUUGAGGACAACAGGAUUCUGGAUGAUAAAUCCAAGAUCAUUUAUCCUCAAUGA